UUUUUCGAAAAAGCGGCACACAGGAAACAGCAGGAUCUUCUGUCUCUGCCCUUCUCUGGUGUAGGUGAUCGCAGAUCCUCUUCGUGCCAAGCUUGCAUCGGUGACGAGACGAUCACCCCGUUGUGUGACAAAACCCGGCCCCAUUCCCUGCAGGACAGCGCAUCCAGGCCGAGAACAUGCAAAGAGCAGCUGCUGCUGCUGCUGCUGAAAUGUCGCGCCGACAGCAGACCCCGCCGCCGGGGAGCUGUUCCAUGCUGCUGUCCCUCGUGAUCACGGCAGGGGCGGUGCUAGGCGUGGUGGAAUCCUUCCUCCCUCCCGCAGCUCUCCAGUGUCACCCGUCGGUUCCCUUCGGUACUGCCGCCGCGGCAAGACUGGGAAGGAACAAAGGGCUGCCGGUGCUAGCGGCAUCAUCUCGGGACGGGGGCAGCGGCGGCGGCGUUGAGGACCAGGGCCGGCGGUGGGGGGAGAUGGAUCGCGGGGGCGGGGGCGGUGAUUCGGACGAUGACCUGCUGCCCGAAGUCAAGGGCCGAGACUGGCGAUUGUUUCGCAAGAACCUCAUCAGCCGGUACGGGGAAGACAACGGGAAGGACCCGUGGAGCGACGGGUGCUGGGCGCAUGACAUCGGGACUGUGGAGGCUGGCUGUUUGCUGAUAGCCACGGAGGAGAUCGACAGUGGAACGUUCCACCAGUCCGUCAUCCUCGUCCUCAGCCACGCGAGAGACCAGGGCACCCUGGGCUUGAUCCUCAACCGCCCGGGGCCGCAGCGGCUCCACUCGCUGCCUGGCCUGCAACCGGACCUCGCGGAAGUCUUUGGAGAUUCGCAGGUUUUCGACGGCGGACCCAUGGGUCUCGGCACGAUGACCGUGCUGCACAACGCGAACGUGGAGGGGAGCGACCCCGUACUGGACGGAGGCGUUUUUGCAGGGGGGUUCGAUACCCUUGUCGACGUCACUCGCCAGGGGAGGGUGUCUAAAGACCGAGUUCGAUUCGUGCACGGGCACUCGGCCUGGUCGCCGGGGCAGCUUCAGGGAGAGCUGGACCACAAUCAGUGGUUCGUGGCCGCGGCGGCACCGGAGCUGAUCACCGAGCACUGCGAUAAGCCCUUCCACCCACUCUGGAGCAAGUUGCUCCGCCUGAUGGGGGGCAAGUACCAAGAGGUGGCCAAGCGGAACGAGCCUAGGCUGUGAGAGCAUCCACCACCACCAUACCAUCACGGAGGAAAACAAACAGGCACGCUGUGGGUGGUGGUAUCUUAUCUGCGGGAAGUUUUUGCGCGGCAAGUUGUGGUGGCAGCGAUCGCACAAGAUGCCGGAACGGGCAUUGACCUAGCGCAACGACGCGCCGAAGCCUUUUCGACAAAUUUGUUCACGACGUCAAAGGCGGCUUUGGCGUGUUCAAGGGGGGGAGGGGGGGCUCCGCGCGGGGAGGCCUGAAGGACGGGAAGCCGGUUCCGUCUAUGCCAACGCCAGCCGCCGCGAGGCUAGCUUCCUCCGCAUUUGGCCGCCUGCCCACCCUCCCACCAUUGAUUUGUACAUAUCGCUGUAGAAGGAGGCAGGGCGAGAGACUCGACGUGCUUUUGUUUCCCUGUCGAGAUGCUUGUGGGUCUGGCAUGGCUCCGCUCCAGGUGUAACAGCAGCAGAGAGUUUUCUCGCGGCUCGGGGGGGNGGGGGGGGGGGGGGGGGGGGGGGGGGGGGGGGGGGGGGGGGGGGGGGGGGGGCGUGUUUUGUUUGUAUGUGUGGGGGGUAACGUAACCCGGCCACCGGGGCCUCUGCUGGAACCGGCGGGAGGGUCGGAGAGGCUCACGGCGGUGUCGACGCCCGCUCUCCUUUGGAAAUUUCCGCGAAAAUUAUUUCUACUGUUGUUGUGCCAACCGUUGUGCCGGCGAGACAGUCAUUGGCGUGAAAACAGAGUAGCGUCCGGCCGGCCGUUUUUUUUCUUCGUGUGUGUGUUGACUCCCCAAGAUUUAGGCUUUGUAGAGAGGGUGCGUUGGCUUUGUAUUGUAGAGAAAAUUGGGUUGGUGGGGUCGGUGAACACAGUCGGCUGAGCACCAGUCAGUGUGGCUCCGUGAUUUGUGGAGAAUUAUCUUGUUUGUGUGCGCUGCUGCUGCUGCUGCGGUUGUCGAAAGGGGGCUGCGUUUGGAUGCAGAAGAAUCUGGUGUACAUUUGCCGACGAGAGAGUCGUACGUUCUCUGGGUCAAUGUGAGUAGUAUGAGUGAUAGUUCGGAGAAAAUUUGCGACCGAGCGGGAAGUUCCGCGGGCGCAGGAUAGGGGGAGUAUGAGUAUACACGUGUACUGUUGUAGCAACCCCACAAUGCGUUUGCCUAUGCGAACGACGCGCGUUUGUGUUUCACAUCUAUUCGUAGGACAAGUUUCGGCUACAGCACUGACGAUGCUUCCCGGACUGGUGUUUAAAUGUGCGUUGGUGGCUUUUUUUUUUUUUGCGGUAUAGGCUUGUUCAUGUUGCGUAGGAAAUCUGCACCGUCGGAGGCGACGCAGAGUCUCGAGCAUGCGGCGCAAGCAUAAACCUACAGUUUUGAUUGGCUGGGCAUGAGGGCAGGGUGGCGCGGGGGCCUCCGCCUGCACGUUGGCGUGGCCGUUUGCGUGCGGUAUCCGUUGCUGCUUCGGCACUACGCUAACGAGUUCCCAACCACAACAGUGCUUUGCACCUGAACUCCCCAACACUCAUUCCCGCUGUGGGAGGCAAUGUUCGGGGGGUGUAGUCAUGCGGUAGGAGCGAAAGCAGUUGUGAAAUUUGGGGAGAGGAAUUUCUUGUCGAAAGCGCUGCCCCUCCCGUGAUGUGGCACCGCUCGCUGCGUUUCGUUGGUAUUCGCUCUUGGAGCAGCCAAGCCGACGAUAUUCAUUACCAUUGGCUGGGCUACAUCAUGCGUGUAUGCUGUCAAAGGUUCCACCUGAUUUGUCACCUGUACUUGGUGUUUUGAGACUCCUAAGGUAAGAUAUAUAUAUUUAUAUAUUUCUCAAGCAUGUGCGUGUUCGUUGCACGAGAUCUGAGGAUAGGUACAGUGCGAAUCGCUUCGCAAACGCACAAAAAAAAAUCUCGUGGCACGGAUCACGCUGCAUGACUAACAAACUCAAGACUUCGGACCGCACGCAAAGGGACACGAAAAAAAAUCGUCACUGUCACGAGAAACUGCGGUCUUACGUACACAGACCGGUGACGAGCUCUUGACCCGUCUGGGUGAAAAACACGGCAUCGACCGUUACAGAUAUAUCACGUACCCAACAAGACUUGGUUGGCUGUUGAGACUCGCCAUGAUCUUUCGACAGCAGCUAGAAUAAGACCAGACCUGAUGCUGCGAAAACAUGACACCGUCUUCGUUGAAGAUGGCUCUCCCCUGGAGCGAGCUCCGCCACCCCUAACGCCAGCACCAAACGAGCCACGCAGCUAGGCCUCGGCGGGUAACUAGGGGGGGGGGGGGAGGCAUGACAAACCUCGGCCACCAACAAAGAGUAGACGCCCACAGCACACCUUCGGCUUCGAAAACCAACAACAAAAGCACAAACGCAUAUCUAGGGAGUGGGACCCAGUGGACCAAAAAAAACAUCCCAUGAGAACUACGGAAUAAGGGUCGAAAAUGUGGUCGGCCGUUGCACUUCAAGUCCUACAAACCACCGCGACGAGCGUGUAUGUAUUUGUCCCUUGUUCGCCGCACCCCCAUUUGUCCCUCGCGUAUGUGUUCGCCCCCCCCACCACCCCCUCCCUCCCCCCGUACAGCAAAGUCGGUGCUCGUCAGCUUCCCGCUAUCAUUACACUCACCGCGCACAUGCUUCUCUUUCGUGCCUAAAUAACUACGCUGGGCUCGCAACUAAGCGCUAUGGCCGGUACAGGGGCGGCUGAACAAAACAACAACCACAUUACCGCACGAUGCACACACCAAACUCUUUCAAUGGAUAUAAUCCGGGCGGGGGGUGAUAUCUACAAAGAAUAUUGGCACCUUGCGAGGUACUUUUUGCUGCCGUUUCAUGCCAUCUUGCGGAAGGAUUUUUGGGGGGUGAUCUCUACAAAGAAUAUUGGCACCCUGCGAGACACUUACUUCUUGCUACCGUUUCAUGCCAUCUUGCGUAAGUUUUUUUUUGGGGGGGUGAUCUCUACAAAGAAUAU